GCAGUGAGGGGUAGCCUGGGCCAUCUGAUGUGCACCCAGGGCUGGGUUUGUGGCUGUCUCUGAGUGGCUAUGGCUUUGCACGGGUAUAGACCCUGCUAUUGGUACCACCAGAUUCGGUGGAAGCCUAUGUCCCGGGAGGGGCCCUGGAUCACGGCUAUACUCAACUAUGACGGGGGAGACGAAUUAAGAUUGAGGAUCAACGUAGAGGGAGGAAAAGAGGAGGAGAUGCGGACUGAUGGAAAGCUACAAGAUGCUAUCACGAAGACGAAAGAUCGGGUGGAGAGGCUGUGCAGGAGGGACGGCGUGACAACGAAAAUGCAGGUAACGGUCUCGUAUCAUGAGACCGAGACCUCGAUGGACACAGCGGACUGGGAGCAGGCCCACCUGGAGCGGGACUCAGGUGGGGAGAUCGAGAUGAGCGAGGCGGAGGACCGAGAGACGGACCUCAGAUCCUGGAUCAGACCGGGCGAGAUCCAGAGGCAUCACCGGGCGGCAAAGCCGGUGGAAGAGGGACCUGAGGCCAACUCACGACAGCUGACGCCCAGAGGCCGUGGAGCGGGCGAUCGCGGGAAAUGGUCCGGUGACAUCCAUGGCGAUGGAGAGGGCGGGUUCCCGUGGGAUAGGCAUCGGGCGCAACUCGCCGUAGGGGUUGCGAUUGCGGGGCUUGCUUCGUCGGCAAACUUCGCAAGAGUCGCAAUAUCGAGUGACAUCGGUAAUGAGGCCGGGCAAUCGGAAUCGUUGUCAAAGCCGUGCAAUGGUGCGGUGGACUCCGAAAUGGCCGGCGAGUCGCGGAUCAUGAUACUCACUGAGAAGGCGAGUCCGAAGAGGACGGUCUCGUGGGACACAUAGUAAGUCCUUGCCUCUCAAGUGGAGGAGCAAGUACCCGUUGGCAAUGCGAUAGUGGCUGCCCGGCGGGUGAUCCGAAGAUAGCUGCGCAUACAACGUG